AUGGUUGUCGGUCGAUUACCAGCAUGUGUCAUUGACUGUGGCACUGGCUAUACCAAAAUGGGAUAUGCUGGAAAUUCUGAACCAAGUUUUAUUAUUCCUUCAUCAAUUGCUAUAAAAGAAAAAAAUGCAUCAUCAAAUGCUGCUGCUUUAAGAUGGAAUACAGUUGGAAAAGUUGAUGAUCUGGAUUUUUUUACUGGUGAUGAUUGUUUUUUGCCAUCAGCAGCUAAUUAUUCCGUUAAAUAUCCAAUAAGACAUGGAAUUGUUGAAGAUUGGGAUCUUAUGGAAAGAUAUUGGGAACAUUGUAUUUUUAAGUAUCUUAGAGCUGAACCAGAAGAUCAUUAUUUUUUACUAACUGAACCUCCUUUAAAUACACCAGAAAAUAGAGAAUUAACUGCAGAAAUUAUGUUUGAAACAUUUAAUGUUCCUGGUUUGUAUAUAGCUGUUCAAGCUGUACUAGCACUUGCAGCUUCAUGGCAGCACAAAAAUAUAUCUGUAAAAUCAUUAACAGGAUUAGGUUACGUUAUUGGAAGUUGUAUUAAACAUAUUCCUAUUGCCGGACGUGAUAUAACAUAUUUUAUUCAAUCACAAUUGAGAGAACGUGAACAAAUUCCUCCAGAACAAAGUUACGAAGUUGCUAAAGCUAUUAAGGAGAAAUAUUGUUAUGUUUGUCCAGAUAUUCUUAAAGAAUUUCAUAAAUAUGAUACAGAACCAGAAAAAUGGAUUAAAGAGUAUAAUAGUAUUAAUAAUAUUACUAAAAAAUCUUUUUCAUGUGACAUAGGUUAUGAGAGAUUUAUGGGACCUGAAAUUUUUUUCCAUCCAGAAUUUGUUAACUCAGACUAUACAACAUCAAUCUCUGAAACAGUUGAUAAUGUCAUUCAACAAUGUCCAAUAGAUGUCAGAAGAGGAUUAUAUGAAAAUAUUGUUUUAUCUGGUGGUUCAACAAUGUUUAAAGAUUUUGGAAGGCGAAUGCAACGAGAUAUUAAGAAGAUUUCUGAUAAUAGAUUGGCAUUAUCAGAACAGUUGUCUGGUGGUAAAUUAAAGCCUAAACCAAUUGAUGUUCAAGUAUUUACUCAUAAGAUGCAAAGAUAUGCUGUAUGGUUUGGAGGUUCUAUGUUAGCUUCUACAGCUGAAUUUUAUUCAGUUUCUCAUACUAAAGCAGAAUACUUAGAAAAAGGUGCUUCUAUUUGUAGACAUAAUCCUGUUUUUGGACAAUUAGCUUGA